GAUGCUGCAGCAGCAGCGGCGGGCCGGGGGCGGCCGGGCCGGGACCCGAGCUGCGCGCGGGGCGGGCAGGAGCCCGGCCUCGGAAAGGGAUGCCUCCCGGCUCGAACCACAGGAACACCCACCCGCCCCCCCUACGAUGAUCCCCCCGGCGAGCAGCACCCCUCCUGGAGAGGCCCUCUUCCCCGGUUUGGCUCCUCAGGACUUGUGGAGGUCUCAGGUCUCGAGCUACUCAGGGCCAGUGACCCGGCACAUCAGCCACCGGGCCAACAACUUCAAACGACACCCCAAGAGGAGGAAGUGCAUUCGCCCCUCCCCACCCCCGCCCCCCAACACCCCAUGUCCUAUCGACCUGGUGGACUUUGGGGACCUGCACCCCCAGAGGUCCUUCCGGGAGCUGCUUUUCAACGGCUGCAUUCUCUUUGGCAUCGAGUUCAGCUACGCCAUGGAGACGGCGUACGUGACCCCUGUGCUCCUCCAGAUGGGCCUGCCUGACCAGCUCUACAGUCUGGUGUGGUUCAUCAGCCCCAUCCUCGGAUUCCUACUGCAGCCACUGCUCGGUGCCUGGAGUGACCGAUGUACCUCAAGGUUUGGAAGGAGACGCCCUUUCAUUCUUGUCCUGGCUAUAGGGGCGUUGCUGGGCCUCUCGCUCUUGCUCAACGGCAGGGACAUCGGCGCUGCGCUGGCCGACACAGCCAACAACCACAAGUGGGGCAUCCUCCUCACCGUGUGCGGGGUGGUGCUGAUGGACUUCAGUGCCGACUCGGCAGACAACCCCAGCCACGCCUACAUGAUGGACGUGUGCAGCCCCGCCGACCAGGACCGGGGCCUGAACAUCCAUGCCCUCCUGGCAGGCCUCGGAGGAGGGUUCGGAUAUGUGGUCGGGGGCAUCCACUGGGAUAAAACGAGCUUCGGGCGAGCCCUGGGCGGGCAGCUGCGGGUCAUUUACAUCUUCACCGCGGUCACCCUGAGCAUCACCACCGUCCUGACCCUGGUCAGCAUCCCCGAGAGACCCCUGCGGCCCCCGGGCGAGAAGAGGACGGCCAUGAAGAGCCCCAGCCUCCCGCUGCCUCCUUCCCCGCCCGUCCUGUGCGAGGAGGGUGCCGGCCAGACCCUGCCCUGCCACACGGCCACCAGCCUGUACGCCAGCUUCUCCAGCCCCAUCUCCCCGCUCAGCCCACUCACACCCAAGUACGGCAGCUUCAUCAGCAGGGACAGCUCCCUGACGGGGAUCAAUGAGUUCGCCUCGUCCUUUGCCACCUCCAACAUAGACAGUGUCCUCAUCGACUGCUUCACGGGCGGCCACGACAACUACUUGGCCAUCCCGGGCAGCGUCCCGAGGCAGGCCAUCAGCGUCAGCUUCCCCCGGGCCCCCGACAGCUUCUACCGACAGGACCGCAGCCUCGGGGAGAGGCGGGAAGUGGCCCUGGCUGCCGGCCCCGAUGGAGAUGUCCUCAGGGUGGGCUCCCUGGACACCUCCAAGCCGCGGGCGUCCGGGAUCCUGAAGAGACCCCAGACCUUGGCCAUCCCGGAUGCGGCCGGAGGAGGCGGUCCCGAAACCAGCAGGAGAAGGAACGUGACCUUCAGUCAACAGGUGGCGAAUAUCUUGCUGAACGGCGUGAAGUACGAGAGCGAGCUGACGGGCUCCAGCGAGCCGUCGGCGCAGCCUCUGUCCAUGAGGCACCUCUGCUUCACCAUCUGCAACAUGCCCAAGGCGCUCCGCAACCUCUGCGUCAACCACUUCCUGGGGUGGCUCUCGUUUGAGGGGAUGCUGCUCUUCUACACGGACUUCAUGGGCGAGGUGGUGUUUCAGGGAGACCCCCGGGCCCCUCACGCGUCGGAGGCGUAUCAGAAAUACAACAGCGGCGUCACCGCGGGCUGCUGGGGGAUGUGCAUCUAUGCCUUCAGCGCCGCCUUCUACUCAGCUAUCCUCGAGAAGCUGGAAGAAUACCUCAGCAUCCGCACGCUGUACUUCAUCGCCUAUCUCGCCUUCGGCCUGGGGACCGGGCUCGCCACCCUGUCCAGGAACCUCUACGUGGUCCUGUCGCUCUGCAUAACCUACGGCAUCUUAUUCUCCACUCUGUGCACCCUGCCCUACUCCCUGCUCUGCGACUACUACCAGAGCAAAAAGUUUGCAGGGUCCAGUACGGACGGCACCAGGCGGGGCAUGGGCAUGGACAUCUCCCUGCUGAGCUGCCAGUACUUCCUGGCCCAGAUUCUGGUCUCCCUGGUGCUGGGGCCCCUCACCUCGGCCGUGGGCAGCGCCAACGGGGUGAUGUACUUCUCCAGCCUGGUGUCCUUCCUGGGCUGCCUGUACUCCUCCCUGUUUGUCGUGUAUGAAAUCCCUCCCAGCGACACUUCCGACGAGGAGAACCAGCCCCUUCUGCUGAACGUCUGACAUCCUGGAGCCCCAGCUCUGGCCUCGAGCCUGUGCCUGGGGGUCUGGAGCAGGCUGGCCAGCGAGAAACCAAAGGGCCAGAGGUUGAUGUGGGACAGGUUUCCUGUUGGAAUGUAAAUAUGUGAUAAAACAAUAAAU